UUCCAAAAUGCUGCAAACUUCAAGCAGGACAUCAAGGCGGUCCUCUGCGGGGCGGUCACAGGUAGAGGCUUUCAUUCGUGUGCAGGGCAUGGAGAACCUCAUGCACAAAAUGUUCACUCUGAUGGUGAUGCUAACAUGACAGCAACACAGAUGAGGUCAAAGCACCUCCAAACAGUGUCUGUGACAUUAUAGGUUCGUACCCACUGUCGAUAAUCUCAGGUACGUCUUAUAAUCAUCUCCAUGAAUCCAUCCUCCUCUUGCUGUUAACGAUUCCAACUGGUUGAAGACUGAAGAAAAGUUCAAGCAUGUUUAACCUAAUUAAGAAAGACAAGGAGAAGGAGAAGGAGAAGGACUUGGGCAAGAAGGAGAAGAAAGACAAAAAAGAGAAGAAAGAGCGUAUGUCUCAGGCAGAGUUGAAAAGCCUGGAGGAGAUGAGCAUACGCCGAGGCUUUUUCAACCUCAAUCGAGGGAGCUCCAAGAGGGAGUCCAGGAGCAGGUUGGAGAUCUCUAGCCCUAUUCCAAUUAAGGUGGCCAGCAACAUGGAGCUCAGCCUGACAGACCUGGAGGCUGAGCGUCUUCAGAACACCCCGGAGCAGGAUACGAACCAACUAAGUGCAAGCACCUCCGGUGAAUACGUGAAGGAGAACGAACUGGAGCAUCAUCGGCGCUCUGUGAAGGAGAGAGCAGCGAAGUUUGGGGAAUUGGCCAAGUUGAAUUCUGUGGCGGUCCAGAGGCACGUGUCAUUUUCCCUGAAGAUCAAAGAGGAAGAUUCUACAGAGGCUUCAAGUCUUUCUGGUAAGAGCUGGACUACAUCUUCUCUGAAGUUCCACCCCUACACAAAAAGCACCAGUGCAGUCAACAUCCCUGAGAUUGUGGAGAAGACCUUCCCCGGUGCGGAUCUACAGUUGCCUGCGCUUGUUGCCCCACCGAUUCCAGAUCCAAGAGAGCUCGAGCUGCAGCGGCGCAACACCGGGGACUUUGGCUUCUCCUUGCGGAGGACCACCAUGCUCGACAGGCAGCCCGACGGUGGAGUGUGCCGGCGUGUGGUACACUUUGCGGAACCGGGCGCUGGCACCAAGGAACGGGCUCUGGGCCUGGUGCCAGGAGACAGGCUGGUGGAAAUCAACGGCAUCAAUGUGGAGAACAAGAACAGGGACGAGAUCGUGGAGAUGAUCCGUCAGUCGGGUGAGACGGUCCGGCUGAAGGUGCAGACGAUUUUGGAGCUGAGUGAGUUGAACCGCAGCUGGCUGAGGGCGACUCAAGGUCCUCACAAAGAAAUCUUUGAUGUUAAAGUUGAAAACAAGCCAGAUUCUGAUGUAGAUAGUAGUCAGCCUCAGGCAGUGACUAAACCUACGCAAGACGCCGGAAGUGGUCCACAGUCGACUGCAUCUGCAGCUGAAGAGUCCGACAUUAAUGCCGACAUGGGCGGCCCGGAUGAUCCGAAAGAUGAGGCAACUUCCAAAAAAGUUGUGAGGGUUGUGAGAAGAGUUGUGAGACGUGUGGUUCCUGCUGGGACAGAACAGCAGACCCGGCCUCUUCUUUCUGAGGCUGCCUCCGCUGCAGAAUCUGUGGUCAGAACCACCUUCCCUGCUAAGGUGGACAAGGAUGAUAUCUCCAUGGGCCUUACCAGCCUAAUGGGCAGAAGUAGAACCAAGGAACACCGGCCUCGCACUCGAACCCAAGACCGCAACGAGGACGCCAAAGAAGAGGUCAAAGGUGAAGAAAAAGUGGAGAAAGAAGAGGAAAAAUCUCCUGUGGAAAAACCAGAGGAGGCCACAACUGCACCAAACCCUGCACCCUUAAAGUCCAACCCCCUCAGCCCUCCUGCUGGGUUCAUUCCUGCUCCGACUCCCAAACCAGACCCUUUGGCACCACCAGCUGGUUUCAUCCCUGCCCCCAAACAGAAUCUGUUGACUCCGCCACCUGGUUUCAUCCCUGCCAGAAAAUCCAGUCCUGUCCCUCCAAAACAAAAUCCCCUGGCAAGACCUCCAGGAUUCAUACCUGUCACAAAGACAGACCCCCUGGCUCCUCCUGCAGGGUUCAUCCCAAAGCCUCGCUCAUUUGUUGUGAAGAAACCGGAGGUAAAGGAGACACCUUCUCCCCCUGUGGCCCCAAAUGGUAAACCCUCCUCUGUUGACCCAGCCAAGGCUCAAUCUGCACCAAAUAAACAGGUCCAAGAGCUGAUUCCCACUGACGAAGAUCACAAGCGCGUGAGGAGGAUCUUCACCACUGAUGGCAAAGAUCGUGCCAGCGGCCACAAAUCCGCUCAGUCAAAGCUCGUCGAGGACCCUGUGGCGAUCCUUCAGGCAGCGCACUCCGCUGCAGCUAAGGGAAAGACUGAGGAGCAGAUCACGGCGGAGAAAGCCUGGUACAACACAGACAAAGUAUGGCUUGUCCACAAGGAUGGAUUCUCAUUGGCAACCCUGCUGAAGACGGAGGCAGGCAGUCUGCCAGAGGGGAAGGUGAAAAUCCGCCUGGAGAGUGAUGGAUCUUUAUUGGACGUGGACGAAGAUGAUGUAGAGAAGGCGAACCCUCCGCUGUUCGACCGAGUGGAAGACCUGGCCUCGCUGCAAUAUUUGAAUGAGUCGAGCGUGAUGCACUCCCUGAGGCAGCGGUACGGCGCUAACCUGGUGCACACCCACGCUGGGCCCAACAUGGUGGUCAUUAACCCCAUUAGCGCCCCCUCCAUGUACUCUGAGAAGGUGAUGCAAAUGUUCAAGGGCUGCAGGAGGGAGGACACUGCCCCGCACAUUUACAGCAUGGCCCAGGCUGCCUAUAGGAACCUCCUGACCACUCGCCAGGAUCAAUCCAUUGUCUUGCUGGGCAAGAGUGGCUGUGGCAAGACCACCAAUUGUCAACACAUCAUCCAGUACCUGCUCACCAUUGCUGGCAGCACCAACAAAACAUUCUCCACAGAGAAAUGGCAGGCAGUCUACACAGUGUUGGAGGCAUUUGGGAAUGCCUCUACCUGUAUGAAUGGGAAUGCCAGUCGCUUCUCUCACAUUGUUUCAUUGGACUUUGACCAGGCGGGCCUGGUGACCUCAGCCUCUAUCCAGACGAUGCUCCUGGAGAAGAUGAGAGUGACGAGAAGACCAGACGGAGAGUCGACUUUUAAUGUCUUCUAUUACCUGAUGGCUGGAGUAGACAGCUCUCUUAGGACUGAGCUGCAUCUGAACCAUUUUGCUGAAAACCAUGCAUUCACAAUAAUGCCUCAGGCUAAGACUGAGGAUAAGCAGCGGGCCUCGCAGCAGUUUUCCAAGCUGCAAGCAGCCAUGAAGGUUCUGGGGAUCAGUGCUGAUGAGCAGAGAGCCUUCUGGCUUGUCCUCGGGGCCAUCUACCAUCUCGGAGCUGCAGGAGCCACUAAGGCUGGCAGGAAACAAUUUGCACGUCACGAGUGGGCCCAGAAGGCGGCCUACCUGCUGGGCUGCACCCUGGAGGAGCUCUCCUCCUCCAUCUUCAAGCACCAGGCCAAGGGCACCCUGCCCAGAGCCAGCUCCGUUCGCCAGGCUUCUGACGAAAAUGGCACAGCAGAUGCAGGAUCCAAGGCCACAGCCGGAGAGUGUUUAGAAGCCAUGGCAUCUGGGCUCUACUCCGAACUCUUCACCAUCCUCAUUUCUUUGAUAAACCGGGCCUUGAAAUCCAGCCAGCAUUCCCUGUGCUCUCUGCUCGUUGUGGACACGCCAGGCUUUCAAAACCCCAGGCUGGCCAAGCGUGAGUGCAGCGCGACCUUCGAGGACCUAUGCCACAACUACACGCAGGAGCGUCUGCACGGCCUUUUCUACCAGCGGACCUUCGUUCAGGAGCUGGAGAGAUACAAAGAGGAGAACAUAGAGCUCGCUUUAGAUGACUCAGAGCCCAGCACAUCUCUAUCUGUUGCAGUGGUCGACCAAGCCUCCAGCCAAGCCCUGGUACGGACAGUGCGAACAGAUGAGGCGCGAGGCCUGUUGUGGCUGAUGGAGGAGGAAGCGCUGCAACCAGGGGGAUCAGAGGAAACUCUGUUGGGACGUCUCUUCAGCUACUACGGACCUGCUGAGGGAGAGAGUAAAGGUCACACUUUCCUCUUGAAGAGUGAGAAGGAUAAACACUUCCUGCUGGGCCACAGUCACGGGACUGACUGGGUGGAGUAUGACGCCUGCGGAUGGCUCAACUACGCCAAGCAGAAUCCUGCCUCCAUCAACGCUACUUACCUCCUGCAGGAAUCCCAAAAGAAGAUCAUCAGCUCAAUGUUCAUGGGCCGACCGGGCGGAACCAACGUUCUGUCCGGUUCCAUCGCAGGCCUCGAGGGUGUUUCCCAGCUGUCGCUGCGACGGGCCACGAGCAUGAGGAAGACCUUCACCACGGGGGUGGCCGCUAUCAAGAAGAAGUCGUUGUGCAUCCAGAUAAAGCUUCAAGUGGAUGCCCUCCUUGAUAUGGUGCGGAGGUCCAGGAUUCACUUUGUUCACUGCAUAUUGCCCAAGGCGGAUGCCCUCAAGGCUCUGAGUGGAUCCCUGUUCAAAGGGGGGGAGUGUGAGGCCCAGGGGGAGACUGGAGAUCCCUGCUUAAUGCAGCUGGAUGUAGCCUUGCUCCGUGCUCAGCUGCGUGGCUCCAAGCUGCUUGACGCUCUCCGGAUCUACAGGCAAGGUUACCCCGAUCACAUGGUGUUCUCUGAGUUCCGACGACGCUUUGAUGUGCUGGCGCCGCACCUCACCAAGAAGCACGGGAGGAAUUACAUUGUGAAGGACGAGAAGAGAGCUGUGGAGGAGCUCCUGGAGUCCUUGGAUUUGGAGAAGAGCAGCUACCACAUGGGUCUGAGUAGGUUGUUCUUCAGAGCUGGCACCUUGGCUAAGCUGGAGGAGCAGAGGGAUGAGCAGACCAAGCGGAACCUGAGCCUGUUCCAAGCUUCCUGCAGAGGCUACCUGGCACGACAGGCCUUCAAGAAGAGAAAGAUUCAGGAUCUGGCCAUCCGCUGCAUCCAGAAAAACAUCAACAAGAACCGCGGUGUGAAGGACUGGCCAUGGUGGAAGCUCUUCACCACAGUCCAGCCCCUCAUUAAGGUCCAGCUCACUGAGGAUCAGAUGCGAAGCAAAGACGAGGAGAUCCAGCAGCAGAAAUCGAAGCUGGAGAGGGUGGAGAAGGAGCGAAAUGAGCUGAGACUGAACACGGAUCGAUUGGAAAGCAGGAUCGCAGACUUGUUGGCAGAACUGGCUGAUGAGAGAAGCACCAGUGAGUCAGCGUCCCAGAUGCUGGAGACGGAGACUUCGGAAAGACUCCGCCUGGAGAAGGACCUGAAGGAUCUACAGGCUAAGAGUGAUGCCAUGAAGAAACAGUUGGAGUCACAGGAGAUGGAGGUGAUGGAAGCUCGGCUCCUGAAAACAUCGGAGCUCAAUGGGGAGAUGGACGAUGACGACGAUGCCGGCGGCGAGUGGCGGAUAAAGUACAACCGAGCCAUUCGUGAAAUGGACUUCACCAAAAAGAAACUGCAGCAGGAGUUUGAUGACAAGCUGGAGACGGAGCAGCAGGCCAAAAGACAUCUGGAGAGAAGGCUGGCUGAUCUGCAGACAGAUAACGAGGAUGUGCAGCGCUCUGUGCAGCAGCUGAAGAAGAAGUGCCAGAAAAUGACGGCGGAGCUGCAGGACACCAAGCUCCACCUGGAGGGCCUGCAGAGCCGCAACCACGAUCUGGAGAAGAAACAGAGGAAGUUUGACCUGGAGCAGAACCAGUCUCAGGCCGAGGUACAAAGAGAAAGGAGCCAGAGGGAGAAGCUGGCUCGAGACAAAGACUUAAUGACCGGCGAGGUUUUCAACCUUCGCCAGCAGAUUCAGGACAAGGAGAGCGAACUGUGCAGCGUGAAUGUGAAGGUGCAGCAGCUGGAGGCAGAGCUGCACGAUCUGUCCUCCCAGGAGUCUAAGGACGAAGCGUCUCUUGCAAAGGUCAAGAAGCAGCUUCGCGACCUGGAGGCCAAGGUGAAAGACCAGGAGGAGGAGCUGGACGAACAGGCGGGAACCAUCCAGAUGCUAGAGCAGGCUAAGCUGCGGCUUGAGAUGGAGAUGGAGAGCCGCCGGCAGACCCACUCUAAAGAGAUUGAGAGCAAGGAUGAAGAGGUCGACGAGAUCAGGCGGUCCUGCAGUAAGAAGCUGAAACAGAUGGAGGUGCAGCUGGAGGAGGAGUAUGAAGACAAGCAGAAAGUGUUGCGCGAGAGAAGAGAGCUGGAGUCCAAACUGCUCAGCACCCAGGACCAGGUGAGCCAGAGGGAUGUGGAGACGGAGAAGAGGCUGAAGAAAGACCUGAGGAGGACCAAAGUCCUUCUGGCUGAUGCACAGAUUAUGCUGGACCACCUGAAGAGUAACGCCCCCAGCAAGAGGGAGAUCGCCCAGCUCAAAAAUCAGCUGGAGGAGUCAGAGUUCACCUGUGCUGCGGCAGUGAAGGCCCGAAAGGGCAUGGAGAUUGAAAUAGAGGACCUGCACAUCCAAAUGGAGGAUGUGGCCAAAAACAAGAUUUCGUUGGAGGAGCAGGUCAGCCGUCUGCAGAGGGAGAAGAAUGACCUGCAGUCCCGGAUGGAGGAGGAUCAGGAGGACAUGAACGAGCUGAUGAAGAAACACAAAGCCGCGGUUGCCCAGUCUGCCAGGGACUUGAGCCAGAUCAGUGACCUGCAGGCUCAGCUGGAAGAGGCCACAAAGGAGAAGCAGGAGAUCCAGGAAAAGCUCCACUCGCUGCAGAGCCAGCUGGAGUUCCAGGAACAGUCCAUGGUGGAAAAGUCUCUUGUGUGCCGUCAGGAGGCAAAGAUCCGCGAGCUGGAGACCAAGCUGGAGUAUGAAAGGACACAGAUCAAACGCUUGGAGAGCCUGGUGGGUCGUCUGAAGGAGAACCUGGAAAAGAUGACAGAGGAGAGGAACCAGCGCAUCGCUGCAGAAAACAGGGAGAAGGAGCAGAAUAAGCGAAUGCAGCGGCAGAUAAGGGACAUGAAAGAAGAAAUGGGAGAGCUGUCCAAGAAAGAGGGCGAGGCAAGCCGCAAGAAGCACGAACUGGAAAUGGACAUUGAAAGCUUGGAGGCGGCAAAUCAGAGCCUACAAGUGGAUCUCAAGCUGGCCUUCAAGAGGAUAGGCGACCUGCAGGCUGCAAUAGAGGACGAGAUGGAGAGCGAUGACAAUGACGACUUGAUCAACAGUUUGCAAGACAUGGUGACAAAAUAUCAGAAAAGAAAGAACAAAACUGGGGAUGAGACGGAGACAGAUUCAGAGGUGGAGGACCGUGUGGACGGAGUUAAGUCCUGGCUCUCGAGGAACAAAGGCUCCAGCAAGACUGUGUCGGAUGAGGGAAGCCUGAAGAGCACCAGAAAUGCAGCAAAUGCAGACGUCAAGGAUGUGAAAGAAGGUAAGGAGAAGUUGAGUGACAGCAGUAAAGAUGGGAAAGAGGUUGAUCAGGCCAGAUCGGUGUCCGUCAUGAGCACCCUAAGCUACAGGAAGCGCUCCAACCUGAAGGACUCCAUCGGGGGAAAAGGCGAUGAGAGCUCCCUGUUCAGUACCCUCAAAGAACAGCCCGACACGCCGGACCACACCAGCAUCCGCAAAGCCAAGUCCAAGUCCGGAGAGGCACAAGAGGACUACGACGACAAAGGCUCUGUCAUCUCCCAGGCCUAUUCUGAAGCCACCAGCAGAGCCAGGAAGGGUCUGGAGUCCCGCUGGGCCUCCCGUAGCAGUCCUGAGUUUGAUAGAGACUCCAUGGUGUCCUCCGUGGCCCCCAGCAGGAUGUCCACCAGGCGGGGCAUGUUGGACAUGGAUGAUGACAACAAGUCGACGAUCAGCAGCGUGAGCCGCUCCAGCCCCCGAGCGCUGCAUCGCAGCACCUCUUGGAAAGACGACAGACGCAGUAGCUCACGCUUGUCCCUCGCCCGUAGCUGUGGCCUCAGUGAAUUCGGCCUCAAUGUAGAUGAUGACGACGACGAUGAUGGCGGCAAGAGUGUAGCUUUUAGUGAAGGGGGAACGUCAGCUUACAGUCCCCGCUCCCUCAGUCGCAGCUUUUCCAACCCGGGCCAGUCGCGCUCCUCGGACAGCGCUCUGCCGGAUUCGUCCGACAUUAAGACGGUCUCCCACCGCAACUACCUGGACCCUGACUUAGAGGCUGCAAUCAACGAGGUGCUGAGCUUCAAACCUAUUAAGUUCAAGCGCAGCAAACUUGACGAGUCCAGCAGCGAGGAAGAGGAUGAGAAGAAGGGGCCGGGAAGCGAAGACAGCAGAAGGAGGGGAGAAGACGAAGGUCUCGGCACAUCCAGUCUGCUUCGCUCUUCAUCCAGCUCCGCUCUGGACUACAGCAAUCGACCAUCCAGCACCAUGAGUUCCAGCAGCUCCCGUAGUCGCAGAGAUAAAAAAAGCAAAGUCUCUCUGUCCGACGACUCCUCCUCGGAUGAUCGCCACAGCAAGAGGAGCUCAAGGGGGAAGAAGGACAAGAAGUCCAAGAAGAGAUCCAAGAAGAAGCAAAGCGAGUCCGAGGAUUCCUCCUCCUCGUCGAAGACGUCCGAGUCCUCUUCAUCCGACUCGACCAUCUCCUACCGCAGCUCCAGCAGUGUUAAAAGGAGCCCGAAGCAUCCGUCCGAUGAUGAUGACAAGGAGCCUGCAGGUCAUCGGCCAUCAAGCAAGAAGGACACCAAGAAGAAGCAGAAGAAGAUGGAUAACAUGGUGAUGAAGUACCUCUACAGGCCUGACAGUGACUGAUACCUGCAGUUAAAGCCCUCCCGCUUGCCGUAGACACCUGGGUCUUGGCAGAUCUGAUGAAGAAGAUGAGGCGGACAGAGACUCCAGCGGGCAGUCGCCGAGGCAGAGCAGCGGUGAGGGCACUUUGGCAGAGAGCGCGUCGUAACCCAAAC